AUGCAGGAGCUUGGGUUUGGUUUGACGGUCAGUCGAAUCAGGCACAUAGCAUACUCCCUUGCUGAGAAGGAGUGUGCUUCAAACAACAAACCGUUUCCAUUCAGCGACAAGAAAAAAAUGUGCCAGUUGGAAGUGGUGGCGGUGUUACUCAAUGAUUUCUACGACAAACUCUCUGAGGUUUAUGGAAAGUUUCCAGAAGGCAUCAAACCUCAACAAAUUUGGAACUGCGACGAAACGGGGCUGUGCUACGUUGUGAAGUCUGGACGAGUUGUUACAAGAAUAGGCAAGAGGUUCGUCUAUAAUCGAGUAAUUGCUGACAAGGCUGAAACUCACACCGUUUUACCUUGCAUCAAUGCCGCAGGUGAAUUUGGACCUACUCUACUGAUCUUCAAAGGCGCUAGAAUGAUUGAUGGUUUGAAAAUUGGGGCGCUUCCAAAUGUAACAGUUGCAGUGUCUCAGAGUGGCUGGAUAAACUCAGAGUUAUUUCUGAUGUGGUUUCAAAAAUUUGUCCAGGGGAUUUCCUCAGCAAGGCCUGCGGUGCUAUUAAUGGAUUCACAUGCGAGUCACAUAACUCCUGAAGUCAUUGCAAUGGCUUCAGAGAAUGAUAUCAUAAUUGUAACAUUUCCUAGCCACACAAGUCAUUUGCUACAGCCUUUGGAUGUAGCAGUAUACCGGCCUUUGAAAUUGGCUUGGCAGAAACACCUGAGGCAGUUUCAAGGAGGUAAUCCGCUGAGAAGACCAGGAAGAUUCGAUUUCCAUGGGAUGUUCAGUCCCGCUUUUCUGGAAGCAUUCAGCAGAGAAAAUAUCAUUUCUGCAUUCUGCAAGGCUGGUGUUUUCCCACUAAACAAGAUGAAAAUUCCUGAUGAAGCCCUGACAACAAACGUGGAUAACAGGUGUAUGGAUGAAAAUUCCCUGUCAGUCAGCAAUGCACCUGCUACAAAGGAAGGCAUCGAUGAUGUGUUAAAACUACCUGAUUUUACAGCACGUGCUCCAAAACCUGCAAGGAAGAGGCGUGAUCCAUCAGCUGCAGUUCAUCUUCCAGGGGAGAAAUCAUGUGGUAAUACUUCCACCGCCAGUACCAGUUCCAGUACUAGUGACACUACCAAAUCCUGUGUCAGUGCCAGUACCAGCAGUUUGGUUAAAGCCAAAAAGAACACCAAUAAGAGCAAAGGUGAAGCUGAAGAUGAAUGGUUCUGCCCCAACUGUAAUGAAAGUUACUACAAAGGACAUAACAAGAGCCCAUGGAUCCAAUGUUGUUUUUCUUUAAAUUGGUAUCAUGAAAGUUGCCAGGCAGUUGACUCAAAAAAUCCACCAACAGUGUUCAUGUGUAGUGUAUGUGCACGUAAUGAAGAAAAUGACAGUGACAGUGAUUAA